AUGUACUCUCGAAAAAAGAAAUCUUUUGAUUAUCUACAAGAAAUUAUAGCAAACAUGAAGCAUCUAUUCUGGACUCUGUAAAAUAUAUUGCCAAUUGAAUUAGAUUCGACAAUGGUCUCAAGAGAAUUUGUCGAUUAAAGAAAAUUCUAGAGUUCUUAAGGUUUCAUUGCUUGCAUCAAAUAAUUGUUGGCAAUAAUUCUAGAACUUUAAAUGGUUGUGAUUAUGCAAUAUCAAUUUUUCAAGCUACUUGAACUUAAAACCUUUUUGAAUAAUCUCCGUUAUUCCUUCUUUAUAAAGAUGUAUUUCAAGCACUCUAAGCCAAAGAAAUCCAUUUUCUAAUCCAGUUAUUUACACUAAGGAAGCAAUGCUCUAAUCAGACAGACUUGA